AUGGAAGAAACUAAUUUGAGUGCAAAUACAAGCAGAGUAAAACAAGGUAGAAAAUUGGAAAAUCGGACAAUUGAGUGGAACAAAAUACACGUUGAUAAGCAAUAUGACGACAAUAUGGAAGAAUGCGUCGUCAAUCAACGAAAUUAUCGGAAUCAGCAAGAAUACUAUGCAGUCGUAAGACGAGGACAGAUAACCCCAAAGCGGGGGUCAAAGCAUGAGGAAAUGCCAUCGUUCAAUUUUCAUGCGGUUGUACUUGAAAUAGCAAAGAAGAGGAAAGAUAAAACAACUUAUAUGAUGAACAAUGAUGAGAUAGCGGAGAAAGAACACGAACAAAUUUCAAACGAAAAUGAUCACUAUGCAAGAAAUUUCAUCAAUUAUCGUCGACGAGUUGUGGAUGUGAGCGAUGCCAAAACAUGCGCCUUAUUAAUGGCGAAAAUCAAGGAAGCUACGCAGUCAUCGCAAGAUAAUGUUGCUGUUGUCAUGUCAUUCCCACUGAUAAUUACAAUCUUCAUUUCCAAUACAUUGAAUUAA